CAACUCUCUACACAUUUUCUCUUGCUCUUGGUCUUGCAGCUGAUACCACGGAUUUCUUUGGCUUUACUUCGCAUCCAACGCAUCAAUCAAGGUGAUCCGACAGCCCUUUCUGCAUCAGAAGAGGCAGAAGUCUGAUCACUUAUCGCGUCUAUAUUCACUCUGCAUUCCCCCGCUUUGGCUCCUCUACUCAGGACACGCCCAACCUCACAAUCACUUUUGUUCCAACCACUGUUUGAGAACACCUACUGCUAGAAGCAAAGCGAGCGCACAUAAUGCAGGCCAUUAAAUGUGUUGUCGUAGGAGAUGGUGCAGUUGGAAAGACGUGCCUUCUCAUCUCGUACACGACAAAUGCGUUCCCAGGAGAGUACAUUCCGACCGUGUUUGAUAACUAUUCUGCCAAUGUGAUGGUCGACGGCAAGACCAUCUCGCUCGGUCUAUGGGAUACCGCCGGACAAGAGGAUUACGACCGACUCCGACCGCUCUCAUACCCUCAAACGGACGUCUUCCUCAUCUGCUUCUCUCUCGUCAGCCCUCCAAGCUACGAGAAUGUCCGGACCAAGUGGUAUCCUGAAAUCUCACACCACGCACCAUCCACGUCCAUCGUUUUAGUAGGUACCAAGCUUGACUUGCGUGAGGAUCCAGGCACAAUCGAGAAACUUAGGGACCGCCGCAUGCAGCCGAUCCAAUACGCGCAAGGCGUGGCAAUGGCGAGGGACAUUGGUGCCGUGAAGUACCUGGAGUGUUCCGCGUUGACGCAGAAGGGUCUGAAGACCGUGUUUGACGAGGCUAUCCGUGCAGUUUUGAAUCCGCCACCGCAGCCGAAGAAAGUCAAGAGCGGCGGAAAGUGCAUCAUCGCUUAGCACUCUCGACUCUUUAUACAGCGCGGGAUACCCGAGGGCUGUUGCCGAUUUAUGAAUGUGCAUCCAUUUACCACUGAUAUUGCACCCCUGGUCCUGUCCGUCAUCCACCCAUCCUUCGUUCACACUGGUGACAACGCAUCAUGGCGGUUGGGUCGCCCAUGUUCUCCCUAGGCAUGAUAGACUAUUUGGACCCUCCACAUGGUGGCUUUUUGAUGGAUUUGUCUUUUCCCCUUCUUUUACAUGUUUUCAUAGUGUCUCCUGGAGAUAUCGUAUUGCAUCUACUACGCUUGGAAGUUGGGUUGACUGUACACCUUGUUUAGCUGUCAUCGGCUUAGCAGCCACAGCCAGCCAGCCACGGUCACGUGAUAAGGGCGCUUUGUGCUGCGGGGGACAUUUCACGAGCCCGUUUUGGACUGAUCCGCUU